AUGCCCGGCGAGGUCGUCAAGGAGGCCAACCCGCCUCCCCUGCCCUCCCAUCUGCCCGACAAUGUUCUCGAUCUCGCAGUAAAGACGGAGAGGAAGCCUUUGGACGAAAAGGUCGCCAGAUCCCUGCGCGACUUCCAAAAUGUCGCCUGCUACAUCGCGGCUGCGAUGAUCUUUCUCCGAGACAACGUUCUCCUGGAAUCCGAGUUGAAGUUCGAACAUGUCAAGCCCCGGCUACUCGGCCACUGGGGCACUUGUCCCGGCCUCAUUCUGGUCUGGUCCCACCUGAACCUGCUUAUCCGCAAUCAUGACUUGGACAUGAUCUAUGUCAUUGGCCCAGGCCACGGUGCGCCGGCUGCGCUGGCAUCACUUUGGCUGGAAGGCUCGCUGCAGAGGUUCUACCCGGACAAGUACGAUGUCUCAAAGGAGGGUCUCUCCAACCUCAUCACCACAUUCUCCACACCCAAUGGCUUCCCUAGCCACAUCAACUCCGAGACGCCAGGCGCCAUUCACGAGGGUGGCGAGCUUGGCUAUGCCCUGGCCGUGUCUUUUGGCGCGGUCAUGGACAACCCGGAUCUCAUUGUCACUUGUAUUGUGGGUGAUGGAGAAGCCGAGAGCGGUCCUACCGCAACUGCCUGGCAUGCCAUCAAGUAUCUCGAUCCCAAGGAGUCUGGCGCUGUGAUUCCCAUUCUUCACGUCAAUGGCUUCAAGAUUAGUGAGCGCACCAUCUUUGGCUGCAUGGACGACAAGGAAAUCGUCUCCCUGUUCUCUGGUUAUGGCUACCAAGUGUGCAUCGUAGACGAUCUGGAGGACAUUGACAACGACCUCUCCAAUGCUUUGGAAUGGGCAGUGGCUGAGAUCAAGAAGAUCCAGAAGGCCGCUCGAUCAGACAAACCAAUCAUCAAACCUCGCUGGCCAAUGAUUGCUCUUCGCACACCCAAGGGAUGGACGGGACCGAAGGAGGUUGACGGAACCAUUAUUGAGGGCUCCUUCAAAUCGCACCAGGUCCCGCUUGGAAAGGCCGGGUCCGACGAGACUCACCUCGAGAAACUUAACGAAUGGCUAACUAGGUAUGACAUCGGGAACCUCUUGACCAAUGGCGAACCAAAUUCCAGCAUUCUCGAGGCAAUCCCGAAGAAUGACGCCAAGAAGCUUGGUCAAUUCAAGACCACAUACGAUCCUUAUAUCGGCCUCAAGCUCCCCGACUGGAAGUCCCUUGCCGUCAAGCCCGGAGAACAAGUUAGCUGCAUGAAGCAGACUGGUCAGCUUCUUGACAAGGUGAUGCAGGAGAAUCCUCAUGGUUUCCGCAUGUUCACCCCUGACGAGCUGGAGAGCAACAAGCUGGAUGCUGUUCUUAAGCAUACCGGCCGUAACUUCCAGUGGGACGAGUAUUCGCGUGCUCAGGGCGGUCGCGUCAUCGAAAUCCUCUCGGAGCAUUGUUGUCAAGGCUUCAUGCAGGGCUACACGCUGACUGGUCGUGUUGGACUGUUCCCCAGCUAUGAGUCUUUCCUUGGUAUCGUCCACACGAUGAUGGUACAGUACGCCAAGUUCAAUAAGGUAGCUAAGCAGGUCGAGUGGCGCGGCGAGCUGGCUUCUAUCAACUACAUCGAGACGAGCACUUGGGCGCGUCAGGAGCACAACGGAUUCUCCCACCAGAACCCGUCAUUCAUCGGGGCUGUUCUCAACUUGAAGGCCGAAGCAGCGAGAGUCUACCUCCCGCCCGAUGCAAACUGCUUUCUCAGCACCGUUCACCACUGUCUCCAGUCCAAAGACAAGGUCAAUCUCGUCAUUGGCUCGAAGCAGCCCACGGCAACCUACCUCUCCGUUGAAGAUGCGGCAGAGCACUGCCGCGUCGGCGCCAGCAUUUGGCCUUUCGCCUCGACCGACGGCGGGGCCAACCCAGAUGUUGUCCUUGUCGGCAUCGGAGUCGAAGUGACUUUUGAAGUUGUCAAGGCAGCAGAACUCCUUCACGACCUUGCACCCGACCUACGCGUUCGCGUUGUGAACGUUACAGACCUGAUGGUCCUUCGCGCCGAGGCUAAGCACCCGCACGCGUUGAGCAGGCAGGUCUUCCUUGACAUGUUCACCGAAGACAGGGACGUAGUCUUCAACUAUCACGGCUACGUCACCGAGUUACAGGGGUUACUGUUUGGAAGACCUGGGUUGGACAGGAUGUCCGUUUCAGGAUACUGUGAAGAGGGCACCACGACGACGCCGUUUGACAUGAUGCUCGAAAACCACGUGAGCCGAUAUCACGUCGCGAUACAGGCGUUGAAGAGCGGUGCCAAAUUGAAUGAGAAGGUCAAGGACAACUUACUUGAGAACAUCAAGAGCAUUCAUUCUAAAGUGACGGCUAUCCGAGGGUACUUCCAACAGCAUGGGAAGGUACACGACCUGCCCCACCCCCACCUCGAAAUUUCUCCGUCGCAAACACCAAAAAAUCCGACCAAUCUCACGAAACCCCACCCUCACUCGCAGCGAGACGACGAGGACGAACAGCAAAACGACGCGGCGCGCCGGCCCGAAAACUGUGAAGACUCCUUCCGCACCGAUACGAAAAUGGUCUACUACUUUACCUCGACGGUCGUCGACCCGUCCGCCUUCAUCUACGUCGGCAAGGACAAGUUUGAGAAUGAGGAGCUGAUCAAGUACGGCUGGGAGGAGGAUGGUACGCACUCACUCACUCACUCACUCUCACUCACCCACCUAACCACAUCACAGUUCCACGUCGACAAGCUCUCCUCAGCCCACAUCUACCUCCGCCUCCCCGAACAAUCCUCCGACGCCUCGGUCACCCAAAUGACGUGGGACGCCAUCCCGCAACCCCUGCUCACCGACCUCGCGCAGCUGACAAAGGCCAACUCGAUCGAGGGCAACAAGAAGGACAACAUCACCGUCAUCUACACGCCCUGGUCCAACCUCAAGAAGGACGGCAGCAUGGAGGUCGGCCAGGUCUCCUUCAAGGACCCGCGCAAGGUCAAGAAGGUUCUCGUGCCCCAGCGCGAGAAUCCCGUCGUGAACCGCCUCAACAAGACAAAGGUCGAGAGGAAGCCCGACCUCAAGCAGGAGAGGGAGGAUCGGUUGAAGGAGUUGCGGAAGAGGGAUCAGGCUGCUUCGCUUUUGAGGAAAAAGGAGGAGGCCCGCGUGAUGCAGGAGCGCAAGGAGAAGAAGUGGCAAAAGGACCACGCCUACGACGAUCUCUUCUCGCAGGACAACAUGGAGGAGUCGAGCAACCAGAACCGCAACGAGGAUUGGGAGGACGACUUCAUGUGA